CAGCCGUUCAUGCUAUACCAACCGAGAUUGACUUGAUCCAGCCUACAUGGUCGAGGUAAUCUUGCCUGAGCGAUAAUUGUGAAACAUCAUAGUGACACGGCGAUUCGUGAACCCUUGAAAAGCGAUUGACUUGUCAGAAAGGACGGUAGCAAGAGAUCAUCCAGGCGUCAGAGCUCGCACAUGGAGGGGUCCAUGGCGCAAUGGCUGGAAUACGACAAUCUCCACGGCUCGAGAUAAUCCACGUCUUACUCCUCAAGAUUCACUAGCGCAGCGCAGUGGUCGGACAGGCUUGUAGUGCGAGCGUGCCGGCGGAUCUGCGCUUGGGGAGAUGAAGCCGACGAGCAGCGGGAUUCGUACCUGCAGCGUUGCGGUGGCUACCUCGUCGUCAGUACCUUCCGGGAUGAGAUGCAAGAAAUGGAGCACGCGCCAUCAGCGGACAGAGAAGCACGAGGGCAAAACUUGUCGGCCGAGGGAUGCAAAUCGUUGCAAGGAUGAUCAAGUGCUGUCGGUGGAGGAUGAUCGGCAUCCGAGGCUUACUCUCUCACAAGAGGGACUGCAGCCACGGAGGUCGAGAACGACUGUUGUUUUCUUUGCAGGCGGGCACUUUCGAGUGCGCAGUGUCACAAGAGCCGCGGAAGCAGUUCCCCUGCCGCCUUCGGCAGGUUAUGAUCAUCAUCCUCGCAGUGGCUUCAUUUGCAGAAAUGCUCAGUGCUGGCAUUUGCUCCGCUCGAUCGGCGCUAAGCAGCUGAGGCUUCUGCAAAUUAUGCAGCAGAACGCACGUCCACCAGCGCGAUCACCGUAAUAAGUGCGAGUAGCGCGAGUGGAGGAAUAUCGUAUAGAAAAGUCGUGUGUGUGACGGACUAAACCUGGUCUAUGCAGAGCCCAACAAUUUCAAAGCCAUGCAGCGA